AAUUCUGUUUUUCCCUCUCUGUUGCAUCAUGUUGAUCUGGAUUUGGAUGAGUGCCUCACAGGUGCUCACACUUGUUCCAGAGGACAAUUAUGUGUGAACACAUUGGGAUCAUUCUACUGUGUCAACCACAGAGUGAUCUGUGUAGAGGGCUUUAUACUCAACAGGCAUAGAAAAUGUGUUGACAUUAACGAAUGCGUAACAGAUACGCACACCUGCCAACGGAGAGAGCACUGUGUCAACACACUGGGAUCAUUCAAAUGUCUCCAGGAACUGAGCUGUCAGCCAGGUUAUGAACUUAAGGAUGGAGAAUGUGUUGACACAGACGAAUGCGAGAGAGGAACUCAUAGUUGUAAAGUGAACUUCGUUUGUCAGAAUACAGAAGGAUCAUUCUAUUGUGAGUCAAAGCAACGCUGCAUGGAUGGAUUUUUACAAGACCCUGAAGGAAACUGUGUUGAUAUUAAUGAAUGCACAUCUCUCCCUGAGCCAUGUAAAGCAGGAUUCAACUGCAUCAAUACGGUUGGGUCUUACACCUGCCAAAGGAACAUGCUGACUUGCAGCAGAGGCUACCACUCCAACGAGGAGGGAACCCGGUGCAUUGAUGUGGAUGAAUGUCAAACUGGUGUACACCGUUGUGGCGAGGGGCAGAUUUGUCAUAAUCUUCCUGGGGCUUAUCGCUGUGACUGCAAGAUGGGAUAUCAGUAUGAUGCAUUCAGCAGAAGCUGCAUUGAUAUAAAUGAGUGCUGGAACUACCCUGGACGCCUGUGUCAGCACACAUGUGAGAACACCCCCGGGUCCUACCACUGCACUUGUUCUUCCGGUUUCCGCUUGUCUUAUGAUGGGAAGCACUGCGAAGAUGUGAAUGAAUGCGAGACUAGUCCCUGCAGCCAGGAGUGUGCCAAUGUUUACGGUUCCUAUCAGUGUUACUGCAGGCAAGGUUUCCAGCUGGCAGAUGGCUGCUUUGUGGGGUUGAAUAUCGAUGAGUGCACACAGAGUGCAGGCAUUCUUUGUACUUUCCGCUGCAUGAAUGUUCCUGGCAGUUACCAGUGUGCUUGUCCUGAGCAGGGAUAUACCAUGGCUGCAAAUGGAAGAACCUGUCGAGAUAUCGAUGAAUGUGCAAUAGGAACCCAUAACUGUUCAGCUGCAGAGACUUGUUAUAACAUCCAGGGCAGCUUCCGCUGCCUGUCCUUCGAGUGCCCUUCCAACUACAGGAAAGUAUCCGACAUGAGGUGUGAACGAAUCAGUUGCUUUAAUUAUCUGGACUGCCAAAAUACCCCGGUGCGCAUUACCUACUAUCAGCUGAACUUCCAAACCAAUAUUGUGGUCCCAGCUCAUAUUUUCCGUAUUGGACCGUCGCCUGCCUAUGCUGGAGACAACAUCAUCCUUACCAUCAACAAGGGAAAUGAAGAAAACUACUUCAGCACUCGAAGGCUGAACUCGUACACGGGUAUUGUCUAUCUUCAGCGGCAAGUGAAAGAGCCUAAAGACUUUUUGCUAGAUGUUGAAAUGAAACUGUGGCGUCAGGGAACAUACACUACUUUUCUUGCCAAAAUUUACAUUUUCAUCACAGCUCAUGCAUAUUGAAGCAUGUAUUGACAUUGGAUUUUAUGGGUGCUAUGCUCUUUAGCUGUUCUACCAAAGCUUAAUACUGUUGAACUGCCAUUUAAUGUAUCUAGCCUUUGUAUUAUUUUUCUAUCAUUGCUCUAAACUUUUUUAUUGGUUGUGUAAAUUAAGUUAAUUUUUAUCUUUAUUUUUGUUUUCUUAUGCAAUUCUUUACAUCGUCAUUUGACAAUGAACGAAGGAAGGGUUAGAAGGGCAGUACGUUCGUUGUGUUAAACGCUGGAACCUUUUCAACAGCAGAAAUUACUGUUAGGUUUAGUCACAUCCGCAGGGUAUUGCACUAG